UUUUGAGGGCGGUGAGGCAGACGUAUUAAAAACUCGCUCGGCCAACACCUGUACAGGAGAAGCCGCAAAACUGCCCCACACGCGUACCUCGGGAACUGUAGAAGCUGCCGGGCCUCAAAGCCCAUCCCGGCAUCCUUAGCGCCGGGCAUAAUUGGCCCCCUCGGCCGCCGUCGGCCUGGGGUAGCUAUGGAAACUUGGCUGCCCUCGCUAUGUCACUGCAGCAGGCCCCUCCGUCGCGGGUAUUCGUGGAACUGGUUCCCUGGGCUGACCGGGGCCGAGAGAACAGCCUGGUCUCGGACAGAGGGACGCUGCCUAGCCUCCCCCGUCCCCUUCCCUCAGCACAGUCCCAAACUACGACCCGCGAGGUGCACGUAAGCGGCACCGCGGAGGUGUCUGCGGGCCCUGAUCGGGCGCAGGUAGUUGUACAGGUGAGCAGCACCAAGGAGGCAGUGGCCGAGGCCAAGAAGAGCGUUAAUCGUCGCCUGGACUACAUCACGCAGAGCCUCCAGCAGCAGGGCCUGCAGGCAGAAAAUAUAACAGUGACAAAGGAUUUUAGAAGAGUAGAAAAUGCUUAUCAUAUGGAAGCAGAGGUCUGCAUUACAUUUACUGAAUUUGGAAAAAUGCAAAAUAUUUGUAAUUUUCUUGUUGAAAAGCUAGAUAGUUCUGUUGUCAUCAGUCCACCCCAGUUCUAUCAUACACCAGGCUCUGUUGAGACUCUUCGACGGAAAGCUUGUCUUGUUGCUGUUGAGAAUGCAUGGCGUAAAGCUCAAGAAGUCUGUAACCUUGUCGGCCAAACCAUAGGAAAACCUUUACUAAUCAAAGAAGAAGAAACAAAAGAAUGGGAAGGCCAAAUAGAUGAUCACCAGUCAUCAAGACUCUCAAGUUCAUUAACUGUACAACAAAAAAUCAAAAGUGCUACAAUACAUGCUGCUUCAAAAGUAUUUAUAACUUUUGAGGUAAAGGGGAAGGAGAAGAAAAAAAAGCAUCUCUGAAAUGCCAACCAAAAUACAUUGUGUUUGUAUCUUAUUUGUUUUAUACUUUUUGUAAUGUUUGCUUUUGUCCUGAACAUACAUGUUGUAUAGUAUGUAAAAUGUUUUUUUCCAAAAAUAUAAUAUUUAUGUUCACUUUGUUUCUAUUUUUCAAAACCUUCUCUGGGAACUUUUUUAAUUUUGGAAAUAAAUGUAUAAUUUGUACAUGUAUAUACUGAAACUCAUACAAGUGCAUGUGUAAGUAACAUGAUUCUUAACAAAGAUUAAGCUAAAUUUUC